UGCAAAACCAGCAGGACCACUGCUUCAGCUCUCUGUGACAACAGCAGACAACAAUAUACAGAUCUGUGCAACCACACUAAAAUAGUAGAGAUGGAACAAGGGACAGGAGGGACUCUGAAGAUUCUGUUCCUGUUGACACUCUGUCUGCAAGACUUCACUGGUCAAUGCCAAGUUUCAGGGCAUCCUUCUAACCUGAGGAUAGUUCUGGUGGGGAAGACUGGAUCAGGGAAGAGUACAACAGGAAACACAAUCCUGGGUAAAAAUGUCUUUAAAACGGAGGCUUCUCCAGAGUCUGUAACUGCACAGUGUGAGAAACAGAGAGGAGUGGUGGGUGGGAAGAAGAUUGAUGUCAUCGACACCCCGGGACUAUUUGACACAACAAUGUCUCAAGAAGAGAUGAAAAGUGAAAUAGAAAAGGCCAUCUACAUGUCAGUCCCAGGACCCCACGCCUUCCUGCUGGUGAUCAGACUGGGGAGGUUCACAGAGGAGGAGAGGAACACUGUGAAGUGGAUCCAGGAGAACUUUGGAGAAGAUGCCUCAAUGUACACCAUCUUGCUGUUCACACAUGGUGAUCAACUGAAGGGCAAAACAGUCAAAGGGUUUCUGGCUCAGAGCAAAGCGCUACGGAGACUCAUCAAUAUGUGUGGGGGCAGAUAUCACUCUCUAAUCAAUGACAAGAGAAGAGACAACACUCAGGUUACAGAGCUGCUGAAGAAGAUAGAGGAGAUGGUGGAGUACAAUGGGGGAGAACACUACACCAGUGCUGCCUAUGAAGAGGCUCAGAGAAAGAUCAUAGAGGAGAAUAUGUAUAACUGUAAACUGGCAGCGUAUGGCGGUCUAGCCACAGCAGGACUAGGGAUGUUGUUUGCUUCACCAGUAUUGGUGGCAGCAGGUGUAGCUGUAGGUGUCAGCCAAGGGUUUGAAUGCACUAAGGAGAUGCUAGGCUUUUAAAACACCAGGGGUACGUUCAGUUGGUCUUAACGUUUUGCUACGUAUGGCAACGGUACUUACUGAAUCAUAUAACAGUUCUUUCAAAACUAUUUGCAAUGUUAUAGAUAUGCUAGCCGUGUGGCAGGAUGGCCCUAGCAGGGUGUGAACGUGGAAAAUGUUAACAAAACACUCCUGCUGCACUGUACACAAUCACCCUCUCAUCACCUAUAGUUACAACGUUUCUCAACUCAAAUCAUGACCGUUUAUUUUAGUGGAGGUGUAUGUAUCUAGUGGGGAUACAUAGUAUAUAUUAAAUGGUAGUGUAUGUAUUUAGUGGGGAUAUAUAGUAUAUAUUAAAUGGUAGUGUAUGUAUUUAGUGGGGAUACAUAGCAUGUAUUAAAUGGUAGUGUAUGUAUUUAGUGGGGAUACAUAGUAUAAAUUAAAUAGUAGUGUAUGUAUUUAGUGGGGAUAUAUUUAGUAUAUAUUAAAUGGUAGUGUAUGUAUUUAGUGGGGAUACAUAGUGUAUAUUAAAUGGUAGUGUAUGUAUUUAGUGGGGAUACAUAGCAUAUAUUAAAUGGUAGUGUAUGUAUUUAGUGGGGAUACAUAGUAUAUAUUAAAUGGUAGUGUAUGUAUUUAGUGGGGAUACAUAGUGUAUAUUAAAUGGUAGUGUAUGUAUUUAGUGGGGAUACAUAGUAUAUAUUAAAUGGUAGUGUAUGUAUUUAGUGGGGAUAUAUUUAGUAUAUAUUAAAUGGUAGUGUAUGUAUUUAGUGGGGAUAUAUUUAGUAUAUAUUAAAUGGUAGUGUAUGUAUUUAGUGGGGAUACAUAGUAUAUAUUAAAUAGUAGUGUAUGUAUUUAGUGGGGAUAUAUUUAGUAUAU